AUGAACGGAAUGAAGACGCCCCUGGCCGCCCGGGCCCGGUGCGGGAACCUCUCCAAGGCGAGGGCUCCUGGCACGGGGACGCCGGCCAACUCCCCACGGGUGGUCGCGGCGCACUCCACCCCGGAGAAGCGCGCGGCGCUGGCGGAGAUGGAGGCGAUGAAGUCGCGCAUGUCGGCGCACCUGUCGGCCAAGGAGGAGCACUGGAAGGAGGAGGCGCGCCAGGCGGGCGCCAAGCAGGUGAUGGCGGCGCAGGUGGCGGACGACCCGAUCCUGCUGGUCGACGCGGAGACGUACGACGAGGCGGUGAACCGCGAGGACGGGAAGCUGGUGCUGGUGGACUUCUUCGCGGCGUGGUGCGGCCCGUGCAAGCUGAUCUACCCCGAGGUGAUCAAGCUGGCGCAGACGCACGAGGACAAGAUGGUCGUCGUCAAGUUCGACUGCAACCAGGAGAACAAGACCAAGGCCAAGUCCCUCGGCAUCCGCUCCCUCCCCACCUUCAAGCUCUACCGCAACGGCGAGCUCGUCGACGAGAUGACCGGCGCCAAGGUCGACAAGCUCAAGGAGCUCGUCAGCAACCACCUCUGA